AUGAUCGCAUUUAAGAGACAGGUGUGGUGGAUGCAGGUGGCUGUAAUAGCGCUGGUGCUUGAGCUACCCGGUUCACUCCACAUGUGCAUUUUUGACGAGGCCCAGGCUCAACUCAGAGUAGUCAGAGCAUCUCCCCCACCGGAGCCCAGAUUCACAGACAGACAGGAGGGACUGCUAACCUUUGGACAAAAGCCCCGUCACCCGGGACUGGCACUGAAGAGCAGGAGGAGCUUUCUGGGGAAGUCUGCCACACCCCCUUCCUCCCGUCCACAGCCAAUCAGGAUAAAGAUUUGGACUCCUGCAGAGAUCUACGCCCCAUCAGAGGCUGAAAACAGAAGGGUGGAGGCAGCGGUGGAGGAGGCUGUGAGGGUGGUGUCUUCUUUACUUCAGCCGCCCUGUUACCGUCAGAUCCCAGAUGAGCACCUGGCUGGAUGUGAUGUUUACCCAGAAGCGGAUUCCCCUGGCAGGAUUGUCCUCAGAAGUGAUGGCUCUGGACUCCCCGACACCGACUUCCUGCUCUACCUCCACAUACAGGCCACUGACAAGUGCAGGGCAAAGCCCAACGUUCUGGCCUACGCUGUCCACUGUCAGACGGACAGCCAGGGGCGACCUGUGGCUGGGGUGGUGGUCGUCUGCAGAGAUCGACUGACAGGAGCUGCAUACAGUCACCAGGCUACAGUGCAGACUGUGAUUCACGAGUUGUUUCACGCGCUGGGUUUCUCUAAAGAUCUUUUCAGCUCCUGGAGAGUCUGUUCCCCACCUGCCAAAGCUGGUGCUCUGUGUUCUCCUCGAGGUAAAGUGACUCACUCUGAUGGAUCAGGCCAAAAGAGGAUUUACACCGCGUCGGUCAUUUCAGCCCUGCAGAGGCACCUGGUGUCGAAUGAUCCUGAACUAGGAGGGCCUCUGGAGAACUGGGAUGCAUCAGCAGACGGAGCGUCCUCUCACUGGGAGUCCCGGGUCCUGCAGGGGUCCAUCAUGACAGCCGUUCUGGGAGAUCCAAUCACAGUCCGGAUUGACUCAGUCACGCUAGCUGCACUACAGGACACGGGAUGGUACACUGUCGACCUGAGCCGGGCCCAGAAUUUGGUUUGGGGAGAUGGUGAAGGAACUACAUUUGGCUCUCUGUCAACCUGCAAAAACGGCUCUUCAUCUUUUUUUUGCACUGGCAGUGGACGUGGGUGUCAUUUUCUUCAUCUCCACAAGGGAGAGUGCCAGACUGAUCAAUACCUGGAGGGCUGUCGAAUUUAUAAAAGCCUGAAGAACGGAAGUGAAUGUUGGAAGACUGAAAAUUCCAAGUGGUCAGCUGAAGAUGACGGGAGCGGAGAGGUUUUUGGUUUUGACAGCCGCUGCUUCUUCUCGAGCCUCGUCAGACAGAGAAAUUCUCCCCGGAUGAGUAGCUCUGUGGAGGGUCGCUGUUACAGACACAUGUGUACCGGACUGAACAAUUUCCAGAUCCAGGUGUCCGGAUCUGGAUGGGUGGACUGCCCAGCAGGUAGCACCAUUCAGAUAAAAGGAUACCAGGGUGCCGUCUUGUGCCCAGACAGGAGGUUAUGUCUGUACUCUGACGUUACUCCUCCCUCAGAAGAUGACAACCCACCUCCUUGCAUCACGUGUGAUGCCCUUGAGGCCUUCACUUCAGCCCCGAGUGUUUCACCGUCUCAGCUCAGACUGCCUGCCGAGGUCACUGCAGCUACGGGACUUUGCUCUGUUGCUGGUGCAUGUUUCCUGGCUCUGCUGCUGGUGUCAUACAGGAAGUGUCGGACAUGCAUGGUCAGGAUCCGCACCGUGGCCCCAGAGAGUCACAGCGAACUGUAGAAGCUUUUCCAUUAAAAACAGGGAACUGUGAACUUUCCACACUGGAUUUGAGUAAACACAUUUUUAUAGGAGGGAAACUUGUCAUCCAUGUAUACACUGUCAUACCAGUCAGGUCCUUUUAUAUUUACUAAACAAAUAAAACAUUGAGAAACUUUCAGUCAGUGGUUAAGUCUGUUUUUUUGGCUUUAAUUAUUGAUCUCAAGAAUACAGAACAUUUGGAGGGGAAAAAAGAGUGCUGCAGGCAUUCACAAGAGGACUGCACAUUUAAAAAUAGCAUAUAAUAAAUUAGAUAUAAAGUGAGAAAAAUUCAUUUUCUUAUAGACUCAUGUACAAGAUGACUUAUUUUGCAACUGCAGGCAUCCCACCAAGAAUCUGUACGUAGUUAAUAAGUGAAACAUGUUUAUUGACUUAUUGUUGUUUAUUUGAUGUAAAGAACAGUUCAUGUGUUUGUUGAUUAAUGUAUUAUUUGUGUAAAAUGCUCUGUCCAGAACUGUUUAGUGGUCAUCAAGAGAAAGUGAAGUGGACCUGCCAACCAUCAGAGGCCUUUUCUUGUUAUAGAGAUGUAACUUGUAUUUCAUUAUUUUUGCUUAAUGGCAGAAAACUUACUUUAUCGCACUGUAUUCAAACAACACAUUAUGGUAAAUGUUGCUGGCAUACUCGCAUAUAAAAUUGAACCCAUUACAAUCAGGUUUCUGUGAUUUCAUUUGCUAGAAAUAAUAUUUCAAAAUAAAAUCAGAAACUUAAAAAAAAGAAUUAGAAAAAAGUUAAGCCAGAAAGAAACAUCAGAGUAAAACUAUAUAUUUUGUCUUUGGAUGUGCAGGAAAAAGAGAUACUUGUUGUUUGAAUCUGAAAAUCUGAAUUGCUUUAUUUACUACCUGGCCUACAAAUCAGGAUAAACUCUGAUCUCGUCCUCAUUUUUUCUUCCAAACAGGGAUAGCUGUCUGUCUUGGGGCCACACCACUGGGACAGACUUUGUAUGGUGAACUGGUCUGACAGCAUUGCAGCUUUAGUUUCAGGCAGAGAAAACAAAACUCGUUUUUGCAGCGAGGGCAGAUAACAUUUUUGCAGUGCUGUUGAUUAUGUUCCACCUUCAUGCCACAUACAGGACAGGCUCGGACAGAGGGGACGCCGGUGGCCCCCUCCACCUCAGGCAGACUGAUGGUCUUGCAUGUUUGCAGGAGCAGCAGGUCCUUGUUCAUGCAGCCGUCAUUGCCACAGCGAUCUGACCGAGGACCUGGACCCUUCCACUUCAUGUGACACUGCCAGCAGAACUGAUAGGACGCCUUCUGCUUGUCUGUGCAAAUGAUGCACUGGACGCACAGGUUGGACAGAUCCUUCCUCUCAACCUGUGUUUUACACUGUGGACACUGAAAUGGAAACCAAGAAAAAGGGGAAUUUUGGAAAAGAAUUCCACCCACAAUGUUCAACAUAAGUUAAAGAAUCUGUUUUUCAAACCAAUCAUAAACUACUCACUGGCUGACUAUCGCAGUACUCUGAAAGGGCCAGGCGGGCCAUGGACUCCUCGAAGUGCUCCAUUUCCUCAACGGUUAGAUCAGCGAGCCUCCGGAUCUCUUGGUACGACCACACUUUAUUACACUGUUUGGUACCCUCUACCAAUGCAGGACAUCUGAAUGUGUAAUUUCCCUUAUGAAUACAGACAAAAUAAUCACUUCAGAACAGUCAAAAAUAUUUAGCAAAAUGCAUUCAAGGAUUCCUGAACUUUUUUUUCUAUUUCUCUUUUCCCUUGAAUUACCUGACGAUGUACACUAAGUUUCAUUCUCAAUAUCAUAUUGUUUUGAUUAUGAUGAAAAAACAAAGAUGUCUUUGAACACAUGAGAUACCUCAUCCAGCAGGCAGCGACACCACUGCGUCAAAGAAUCGGGAGUGACUGCGUGGCCACAGGACAUCUCUGCUCGCAGAGAGACAAAAUCUGAAGCUGAAGAGGAAGGGAAAAAAAAUUAUAUAAUUGCAGGAAGGUAACAGUACAUGCCAGAUAUUAAAUAAGACAUUAAGAUAAGACGGAUAUUGAUGAAUAAAAAUGUAAAACCUUGUAAAAAGUCAACUUUAAAACAUGAAAGGUUUGAUAAU